UUUAUAUGUAUAAUGAAGAAGAAAAGAAAGCUAAACUCGACACAUAUAGUUGAUCUUCCAAAUGAUGUGAUAAAGUUAAUAGUUUCAUAUUCUCCAAGAGAAUGCUUGCAAGUCUCAAAAUUCUUUUGCAGAAUUGUUAGAAGUUUAAGAACUCAGAUUAAAGUAGCAGACUGCAAAAAAUAUAAUAUAUCAUCGAAAUCAAUCCUUAAUGCGAUAUUCAGCUCUCAUAACAUCAUUACACUAAAUGUUAAUGGAUGGACCAAAUGGAAUGAUAGUUCCCUGCAAUAUUUCUCACGAAUGAUAAAGUCUGGAUAUUUUAAAAAUUUAAGAGAGCUCCACAUGAGAAAUUGCAACAACGUAUCAAACAAAUCCUUACACAUUUUCCUACCAAAUAUCGGAAAGAAUCUCCGGGUUUUGGAUCUUUUUAACUGUAAAAAUAUAACUCAUAAGGCUUUUGGAAUGUCAAAUGAGAAUUUACAAUCUUUAUAUCUUGGAUAUUCAAAAACUACACAUGUGCCUUCCGAGAACUCCCAAGUUCUAGAAUUUUUUUUCAAUACGGUUCUAAGCAAAAAACCCAUAAUUCUGUUUCCAAAACUCGAAAGAUUACAGCUGUUUAACUACUCUGGAAUUAAAUCCCUUUCUCCCCUUGUAAAUAUUUCUAAAACUCUGAAAUUUCUCGACAUUCGAGGCUGCACAUCAAUUGAUCCCAGUGAAUUCAAGCAUCUUUCAAGGCUAACUAAACUAGAGGAACUUCACAUAGGGAGGCAUGUUGAAAAUGAUAUACUUUUGGAGAUAAUUAACUCUUGUAAUAAUAUUUCCGUGCUAGAUAUUUCUGAAUCUCAAGUUUCAUUUGAAGUUGUCGAGGCCAUGUGCUCUAAACUUACAAAGCUUUCAAGGCUUAAGAUGACUAAGUGCAGUACAAUCACGAAUGAGUUUUUUUCCAUGAUUUUGACAACUUUAUCUCAUCUUUCACUUAUUGACGUAUCGCAUUGUUGGAGACUAACAAACUCAAUGUUCGACUCGGUUCGUAAAAUCGCAGCAGGGGACAAGUUAUCUAAAAUUGGGAUUUACAUGUGCUGUAUAGACAGCGUAAAGCUGGUGUACAAAUUUAAUUGUGCGGGAGCCAGGGAUGUAAUUACGGUAGUACACGCGGAACUGCAAAUCGACAAUAAACCGUGA